CCUCCGACCCGGAUCCCCUGUUUUUCCGGUCUCCACACGGCGUGAGCACCAACCAACCAUGCGACCGGCGGGCUCGACGGAGUCCUCCCCGGCGGCGCGACAGCGCAGCCCCAGGCAUGCGGCCACAUCCAGAGGCCACGGCACCAGGCACUCGGAGGCGUACGGCUUCGUGGGGUCCAUUGCCGCGUCCGCCACCGCGCUCGCGUACAUCGCGUGGGCGUACGUGCCGGAGCAGUGGCUCUGCCACAUCGGCGCGACCUACCACCCCAACAAGUAUCUGUCGCCGCCGCAGUUGCUUCUUCCUCGCGAGAAAUGAGUCCUGUCACUCACUGUCACCCUUGCUGCUGCUGCUGUCCUCUGAGGCGCUGGGCGGUGGCCGUUCCGGCGUUCCUGGCGGUGGCCGUGGCGCAGGGAGUGGUCCUGUACGUCGCGUCCAACUUCCUCCUCGCUCCUCCGCCGGCUUGCUUCAACACCAUCUCCGAUGAACACGCCCGGGAGCCGGCGUCUUCUCUGCGGACGGGGGAAGAUCAAGCCAUCGAGCCCAUCUCGGACAUCGGCAUUGACCGGAUAAACCAUCUCAUGUUUGACGAGCAAGGGCAUCAUUCACUUCCAAGAGGAUCCAAGAGGAUGGACUCAGCUGAACCCAUCGUGAUUUUUUUAUGA